GGCUGGUUUGUAAAUGCAGCAUGACGUUUUCCUCAUGAGGACAAGAAAACCAGAGGACUCUCUAAUGGCUAACCCAUUAUCUUCAUUUCCUUGGGGAUUGAAACGCGUGAUGCCUGAAGUCCCAGGAGUGCAAAGAUGUCCCUGCACCCAGCUUCCCCACGCCUGGCCUCCCUGCUGCUCUUCAUCCUUGCCCUCCAAGACACCCUGGCCCUAAGGCUCUGCUCCUUCAAUGUGAGGUCCUUUGGAGCGAGCAAGAAGGAAAACCAUGAAGCCAUGGAUAUCAUUGUGAAGAUCAUCAAACGCUGUGACCUUAUACUGUUGAUGGAAAUCAAGGACAGCAACAACAACAUCUGUCCCAUGCUGAUGGAGAAGCUGAAUGGAAAUUCGCGAAGAAGCACAACAUACAACUAUGUGAUUAGCUCUCGACUUGGAAGAAACACGUACAAAGAGCAGUACGCCUUCCUCUACAAGGAGAAGCUGGUGUCUGUGAAGAAAAAAUACCACUACCAUGACUAUCAGGAUGGAGACGCAGACGUGUUUUCCAGGGAGCCCUUUGUGGUUUGGUUCCAUUCGCCCUUUACUGCUGUCAAGGACUUCGUGAUUGUCCCCUUGCACACAACUCCCGAGACCUCCGUUAAAGAGAUAGAUGAGCUGGUCGACGUCUACACGGAUGUGAAAAGCCAAUGGAAGACAGAGAAUUUCAUCUUCAUGGGUGAUUUCAACGCCGGCUGUAGCUAUGUCCCCAAGAAGGCCUGGCAGAACAUCCGUUUGAGGACGGACCCCAAGUUUGUUUGGCUGAUUGGGGACCAAGAGGACACUACGGUCAAGAAGAGUACCAGCUGUGCCUAUGACAGGAUUGUGCUUUGUGGACAAGAGAUAGUCAACUCCGUGGUUCCCCGUUCCAGUGGCGUCUUUGACUUUCAGAAAGCUUAUGAGUUGUCUGAGGAGGAGGCCCUGGAUGUCAGUGACCACUUUCCAGUUGAGUUUAAGCUACAGUCUUCAAGGGCCUUCACCAACAACAGAAAAUCUGUUUCUCUCAAGAAGAGAAAAAAAGGCAAUCGCUCCUAGGUAUCACGCUGCCUUUUUUUUUUUUUUUUUUUUUGUGCCACUUCUUGCAAAUGGCUCUCUUAGGUCUAAGCUAUCUGCAUGCUCAGGAAUUAAGACUGGCCAAGCUGCUUUCAUUGUCCACUUGAGUUAAUUUUGCCUGGAACCAAGCCGGGAGGAGAGUCUUCUGUUACAUCACCUUGACCCCCGCACCAUCACUGGUACCCUGCAAAACACUGCCACUAUUUAGGCAACAGGACAGACUUGGCAUGGCAUGAUACUUUAUGAUGGAGGCAAUGAAACUCAGUUGCCUGGGGUCAUGCGUGGAAGAAGAAUGAAGGACACUCCCACUGUGCUGUCCUGCCCGCCCCUACUCACAGCCCACCCCAUCCACACCUCACCCUUAUCCACACCUUCACCC